AUGGUUGGUAUGGGACAGAAGGACUCCUAUGUAGGAGAUGAAGCCCAAUCCAAGAGAGGUAUUCUCACUUUGAAAUACCCAAUUGAGCACGGUAUCGUCACCAACUGGGAUGAUAUGGAGAAGAUCUGGCACCACACCUUCUACAAUGAGCUCCGUGUUGCUCCAGAAGAGCAUCCAGUCCUUCUUACUGAAGCUCCACUCAACCCUAAGGCUAACAGAGAAAAGAUGACUCAAAUUAUGUUCGAGACCUUCAACACCCCAGCCAUGUAUGUUGCUAUUCAAGCUGUCCUCUCCCUAUACGCCUCUGGACGUACCACCGGUGUUGUUCUUGACUCCGGAGAUGGUGUUACUCACACUGUUCCUAUUUAUGAGGGAUAUGCUCUUCCCCACGCCAUCCUUCGUCUUGAUCUUGCUGGACGAGAUCUCACUGAUUAUCUCAUGAAGAUUCUCACCGAGCGUGGUUAUUCUUUCACCACCACUGCUGAACGUGAAAUUGUCCGUGACAUCAAGGAGAAGCUCUGCUAUGUUGCUCUUGACUUCGAGCAAGAAAUGGCUACUGCUGCUUCUUCCUCUUCUCUUGAGAAGAGUUAUGAGCUCCCUGACGGACAAGUCAUCACUGUAGGAAAUGAACGUUUCCGUUGCCCAGAAGCCCUCUUCCAACCCUCUUUCUUGGGAAUGGAAUCCGCUGGAAUCCAUGAGACUUGCUACAACUCUAUCAUGAAAUGUGAUAUUGAUAUUCGUAAGGACCUCUAUGCUAACACUGUCCUUUCCGGAGGUACCACCAUGUACCCAGGAAUCUCUGACCGCAUGCAAAAAGAAAUCACUGCUCUUGCUCCAAGCACAAUGAAAAUUAAGAUCAUUGCUCCACCUGAGCGUAAAUACUCGGUUUGGAUCGGAGGAUCUAUUCUUGCUUCUUUGUCCACCUUCCAACAGAUGUGGAUCUCCAAGCAAGAGUACGACGAAUCCGGCCCAUCCAUUGUUCACCGCAAAUGCUUCUAA